AUGAGCUGUCGACCAACGGUACGACAGCUAUGGAUACAUGGACGCACGGACGUGUGGGUGUGUGGGUGCGGAUGUAGGGGAAGCUGGACAAGGCGGAGGAGAAGGCGGUGUUCGAUAGUGUAGCGGCUCAGCUCAAAGACAGCAUCACGCACCACGCCAACAAGUUGAGCUACACGGGCGACGAGCUGACCAAGGUAGUGGACGAAACGGUGGCCAAGGUUUCGGUUCAGGUAUGUAUCCAUCUGCAGGGAGGGCGUGUAGGUCUUGUGCUGAACGUAUGUGUGUUGCGUCGCUUUCAGGUAGUGGACAAGUUCAGUGCGAUGCUGACAUGCGACGACACAUCCGCCACGAUCAAGCGCAAGCCGCUGCAGAAGAAACCCUCGGAAUAUGCCAAGUUCGACUUUCACAACAUCAUGAUCCACAUCUGCGUGGCGCAUCUGGGGGAGACCGAGGCCCACACGGGGGGCUGGGCGGGGGACGAGGCGGCUGCUGGUGCUGAGGGCGGGGCGGCUGAUGAGGCCAACCUGCCCGCCGCCGCCGCCGCCGCAGCAGCAGCAGCAGUUGCAGUAGGCGCAUAUGAGCGGAUGGAUGUGUGAUAGGGGUGGGGGGAGGGGGGAGGGAGAUGUGUCCAGAUGGGCUGAAUGGCUGGCUGGCGUGCGUGGUGUGAGCCGCUCAGUCAGCCGGGCCACAGCGGCGUCCGGGUCGGCCCAAGAAGGAUAAGAAUAAAGCGGGUGGUGCGCAGGCGGACGGUAGUGCGCAAGGGGCAGGUGGCGAUGGUCAGGGGGGCGGCAGCUCAGAGAAGCGGAGGCAGCUGGCGGCAGAGCAGAAGGACAAGUACGUCAGUGACGCUGGGCGGUUUCUGCAGGAUCUGCUGGAUGGUGUGAAGUCGUCAAGGGUGUUCGAGCAGUUCAAGGGUGUUCGAGCAGUUCGCUAAGGUGGCGACACCCGCAUUCUUCGAGACGGUCCAGCCCGUCUUUGUAGACAACCCUACCUCCGAGGUGAGGGCGACACACACAUGCAGAUACCCAUGCCGUUCUUUUCUCGCAUCAUGUUUGUUUCAUGUGCUGCUGUUGGACAGGCGGAGGUUCGUUGGCGGCAUGUAGGUGCGGAUGAGUCGGACCCGUUUGGCGGCAUCAACUUCAGCCUCUUCAAAUACGGUACGCGGCACGUAUGUGGUGGUGCCCUACGCAUCACGCGGCAUUGUGUAUGUGCGCGUGUGUGCAGAGGGGGACAUAGCGUUUCGGUGGAAGAACGCCGAGGGUCAUCGACGUUCCUGA